CAGCGGCAUCGCCCUCCCCCAUAUAAUACCCCGCGCGGCCUCCGCCUCCAUACUCCUCACCUCCAAGGCUCCACCUUCCUCCUCCAGUCCUCUGCCACCACCGAAGCAGGCUAAGCAGCGACAGCCGAGGCUCAAGGGCGCGGUAGCCAGAGAGGCGACACCACCUGCUCGGCAUGGCCUCCGCCUUCUUCUUCGACGCCGAGGCGCUCUCCGAGCCCAGCGUGCCGGCGCUGGACGCGUGCGCGCUCUGCGCCAAGCCGCUGGGCCGCGACAGCGACAUCUUCAUGUACAGGGGGGACACGCCCUUCUGCAGCGAGGAGUGCCGCCACGAGCAGAUGCAGCUCGACGCCAUCCACGCCAGGCAGGCCGCCAGGUCCGCCGCCCGGAGGCCGCAGCAGUACUCGGCCAGGGCGGACCCUGAGUCGUCGCGCCACCACGAGUCCAGGAAGGUGUCCGUGGCCACCUGAAUGAAAUGAACCUGCAAAAGCCCGGGAGAUCUUCCGCUUCUGUGUUGACAAGAUUUCUGCACCUGAAGAUCAGUCGAUGGAGCCGAUGGGAUAAAGGAGUUCGGUUUCCCCGUCUCUGUAGCCCGGCCUGAGCAGCGCGUCGGUGCCCAUCGGCGCCGGAGAGCGAAGAACCUUGGGAUCUGGGGGAGGAAGCUCAUCCGAUCAGCUUGCUUGUGGCUUUGGCUAUCUGAGCCGCCCACUAGGCACCACAAACCCCGUUUCCACGCUCUCAUGUUUGGCUCAUCGGGUGUGCGCGAGUGUUUUUUUUUAGCUUUCAUUGUACACCACUUUGAUCCUUCUGUAAAUCCAAUGCAUUUGGGAACCUUGUUUCCAUAUUUGAGCAAAUUUUGAGGAAAAGUAAUGCCUUGCCUGAAA